CGAUCUUGGCACACUUUCGACAUGAAGCUCGCAGCGGCUGCAGCGGCCGGCGCAGCGGCCAUUCUCUCAUCUGCAUGGGCAUAUCGAAGGGCUGUGCGCAUAAAAAGGCAAUUGGAGGUCAAGGAGAAGGCAAAUGCCAUUCUUGUUGUCGACAUUGGAAGUUCGUCCGUGCGUGCGAGUGCUUAUGUCCUGCAUGGCGACACGUGGACACUUGUACCGGGCUCACUCCACCAACUCAAACUGCGAGCACUAGCACACGACGGUACUGCUUCAGUGGCCGUCAUUCAAGAAGCGGUGGAAGGGGUGAAGGACCAGACGACGGCUUGGCUGUCAAAGGACGCUGCGUUUCGAAUUGUGGGCGUUGGGUUUUCUUGCUUUGCCAUGUCGCUCGUUGGAGUCGAUAAGACUGGCAAACCCAUGACGCCAGUGCUGACGUACGCUGGUCGAUGUGCGUCGGAUGCGAAAGCUUUGACGAAGGCAUUGGCCAGUCAUGGAUUGCAGCACGAGAUAUACAAUCGAACGGGCGUGCCCAUCCAUCCUGCGUAUGCAGCGCCUCAGUUGCUAAAACGUGGUGCGACUACCGAUGUGGCGAUGUGGCAGUCGCUGGUUGGGGUGUUGUUGUGGCAUUGGCUUGGCAGCGAAUCUCCCAUCCCGAUGAGCUACAGUGAAGCGUCGUGGACAGGGCUCGCAGAUUUUAGAGACGCUGCAUGGGACGCCAAGCUCCUGGAACUCAUUCAUGUGGACGUGAGUACGCUGCCAACCAUCCAAGAUCCGUCGAUUCCAGUAGCUGGGAGAUUGAAGCCCGCAUUGGCGAAGCGAUGGCCUAUCCUUCAAGAUUCCCCGUACUUUUUGGCGCUGGCCGACGGAGCCGCAGCUAACAUUGGGUCCAACUGUACUACCCCAGAUCGCAUUGGGCUGACGGUGGGAACAAGCGCAGCCAUGCGCGUACUGCUUCCAGUCAUAGCCAUUCCCAAAGUACCUCGAGGGCUGUUUUGCUACCGCGUGACUUCGACGCAUGCAAUUCUCGGGGGCGCCCUCACGGACGGCGGCUCCGUGUUCGAAUGGGCUCGGCAAACGCUGGCACUACCUCCAGACGCCAUGCGACAAGUGGAAGCUUUGAAUCCAGGAGAGCACGCGCUCACGAUACUUCCGUUCUUAAACGGGGAGCGUGCCCCUGGGUGGCACGAAGAUGCCAAGUGUACGAUUAGCGGGAUCACGGCCGCCACGACGCCGGUGCACAUCCUACGGGCGGCGUUGGAAUCGGUCGCUCUGCGCUUGGGGUCCAUAUAUGCCUUGCUCGGCGACUUUGUCACCCCAGACGCUCAGCUGAUCGCUAGCGGCACAGCGCUGAGCGCGUCGCCCGCGUGGCGACAAAUCAUCGCGGAUGUCGUUGGUCGGUCCGUGUGGCUCGAGACUGACGCAAUUGAACUGACUUCCCGUGGCGUGGCGACACUGCUGGGAGCCCACCUUGGCAACUCGGACGAACCGCAGGCAGCGACAAAACGCACCAAGCACUUGCAAAGCUGCUCGACACCAUCUUUACAAGCGCACGCGGCGUACUUGGCCAUGCGGCAGCGGCAAGACACACUGUAUUCGAACGUGUUAGGACACUGGUGACGUAAUUGGCACACGUGUAAAGGAGCACACAAUGUGUUGAAACUAUGCAAGUGCGUCGUCGACAAUGAUUCG